AGUGUUGAAAAGAAAAGCAUUGAACUAGUCAUGUUCGUCGUUACUAUUGUGGCUCUAAUUUUCUCAACAUUUACACUGAGUAAUGGACUAUUACUUGAUUGUACUUACAGUGUGAGAAGUCAUUGGACAGUGAUCAACACUUAUCAAUGCACUGGAAGAAUCGUUUUUAUUGGUGACCCGAGAAACGUGUCAAAUGUCUCUCACAAUCACAUUGGAGAAAGAAAUAACAGUGACGUUCUUGGAAUCUUCAUUGACAGUCAAAUAUUAGGAUUUUUACCUAGAAAUAUCGAUGAAUUCUUCCCAAACCUUGAGUCUUUGGCCUUUAGAAGCACAGCAAUCGAAAGUUUGCAUCCUUCCGAGUUGAGAGUCUUUCCAAAUUUGAUGCAGAUCGACUUCUUCUUCAAUGCUAUUAGUCAACUUGAUUUUCACUUUUUCCAAGAUAAUCUAAAAUUGAGAGCGAUAUCUUUUAGUUCGAAUCCAUUAAACCAUGUAGGUCACGGUGUAUUUGAUGUUUUAGAUGAACUAACAUCGCUUAACACCCAAGGAACAUGUAACUCACUGAAUGUUAACAGUAACAGACAGCUAGUAGUCAAUGGGAUUUUUAAUUUCGCUCGAUUAUGUCCACCAACAUUCCAAAUGAUGGAAACAGAACUUCUUACUGGAAGAAAUUUUGAGCGAACAGUUGACCAACAAAUUGCUGACCGAAUGAAUCCUUUGACUAUGCAAGUCUUUCAAUUGAGACAAGAAUUGAUUGAGUUAGAAAAUCGCAUUGCUGAGCUCGAAGAAAGGAAUUAAUUAUACAAUUACAUGUUUAUUGUAAGAGUCUGUUACUAAAUUAACAGGCUUUGCAAUGGCAGGUUAUUCUAUAUGAAAAUAUUACAAAAAGUGUGUUGCUAAAUAAAUACGGAAAUGUGAUCGCUUCUUAA